GUUUGUGAAUAUUUUGGUCGAAAUUAAGGCAAAAACUCUCUACAAGUACCUCAUUGUAAUUUCUACUUAAGGCCAUUGCUAGUAAUUCGGGUGUAACUGUUUCUAAUUGGAUGCAAUCCUCAAAUUGCGACAUUUUGGACACAAGGUACAAACAUCCGCCCCUGAUCAAGAUAUGUAAUUUUAAAUUUUCUCCACACAAGCACCGUUGAUCGAAGAUAGAUCAUAAAAUUGCCAGCAACAGUCGCAGAAUAGGAUAACCGCAAAAUCUGAAGAAUUGUACGAUCGGAUUCUAGUCCGGUAAGUCUCCUUAAUAGUACAAUAGAACGGUUAGCGUAAAAAUGAGAGAAAAUCUGCUGUGCUUAAUUGGAGAAUAUUCCUAACUGACCUAACUUGGUAUAUAUUAUUCUCAUGUGGCUUAACAAAACGGGCAACGUCCGCAAUUGAUAAAAAGGUGGUCGUAUAAUUGUAACUUUUCUUGCAAAAGUUUCUACAUGGACCAUGGCCCAACAACUUUCUUUUUCGUUGCCGCCCGGCCUGCAUUUGAUGGAAAGUCCAGUAGUCCCAUAAAAAGACAUUCCUUUCCAAAAAGUUCGUAAUAAGGGACUUCCUGUUCGAUCGCUUCCAACUCUGCCGUAAGUUCGUCGUCAUCGUCAUCAUGAAAAUCUUGAUUCGAACCCACUCCACAAACCGCUUCUGAGAUCUCUUUCGAAAUUUCUGUCUGUUCAUGAAUAGCAUCGACCGCGUCGUUGACAUCUUCCGUGUUAAGAGCUUGCUGCGCCUCUCUGAGCGUACCCCGCGCAGUAUAGUUCAACUUUUUCAACAGUUCAGUGUUCGUCUGAACGUUUUCCAAUGCCUCGCGCUGGAAUUCCAAGAUCGUUUAGGCUCCAUCGAUUUUUCGUAACUGUUCUUCGGCACGUUUUCGCCUCUUCAAGGCUUUCAAUGCAAGCCUCUUGUUCGUUCUUGCAUGUUUCUUUGCCGUUGCGUUCUCUACAUCGUACUUCUUAUCUAAAUAUUCUUGUUUCUUUUCCAACAUCUCUUCUGUCUGUUUCAACUUUUGCAUAACAUCUUCGGACACUGGAAUAUUUUCCUUAUUUUGACUUCUAAAUAUUCGCUGCAACAAACUCAUGUUAUGUUGGCCGCGAAACAGCUUCGUCGAAACUUCGUUUUAGGAAAAAAAAUUCCUAAACCAAAACAUUAUGUCAUUGUGUCACGCAGGCUGUCACAGAUAGUUUUGGAAAAGGAAGUCAGCUGACUUCAACUUGAAAUUAGAGAAAAUGGCGGCUCGACUGUUUCACUUUGGCUGCUUUGUCCUUGCGUUUCUUGGCCUCAAACAUGCUCUCGGCGAACCAUUUCAAGCACCUGCCUUCACCAUAAACCUUGACCUAGAACCAGAAGAAAGAUGGGUCAACGUCACAAAGAAAUACGCUCAAUACUCGCUGGAGAUCGUGGCAGGGUUACGCAAGAAGAUUCCAGGGUUUGCAUUCCGUCUAGCAGAAAAACUCGCCGUUAGCAUUGCUAAGCAUUUUCCCGAGCCAUAUCCUGCAGAGAUGAAGGGUGUAUCCAAAGCUCUCAACAUUAGCUUGGCUGAUACGAUAUUGUUGAACAUAGUCUACGACUUGUCAGCGUUUUGCACGAGCAUUGUUGCACAGGAUGAAGAGGGAAAUAUUUUCCACGGAAGGAACCUUGACUACGAUUUUUCGGAAAUUUUGCGUAAUAUUUCCUUCAUAUCCAACUUCCAAAGCAAAGGUAAAUCGUACAAGAGCUUUAGGCAAGAGACGCAAAAAGAUUCUUCAAACUCUCUCUGUCUCCUCGAUAGCUCUGUGGUUUAAGCAUAUUAAGGACGGUGCCAACUAAAUACAAAGGUUUUCACGCCAGGUUAGGACCACGCAGAAAAAGUAGAUCUUUAAUUUUGCAAGAGCUACUGGAAUCCCCGAAGAAAAAUUGGGGUACAAAUGCAUUUUUUCGAGAUAAUUACCUAAAAUUUCAACAAACAUGCUGACAUCGGCAUUUUUUCUGAAAAAAGAAGGAAAGGAUAUUUCUUCACAGAUUUCCUUAGAAUUCGCCUUUACAGACAGAA